GGGAAACUUUAUUGUUCCCGUUGGGGUGGCGAGAAUGUCGGUGAAUUACGCGGCUGGGUUGUCGCCGUACGCGGACAAGGGCAAGUGCGGCCUCCCAGAGAUCUUUGACCCCCCCGAGGAGUUGGAGCAGAAGGUGUGGGAGCUGGCAAAGCUGGUCUGGCAGUCUUCCAACGUGGUGUUCCAUACGGGUGCCGGCAUCAGCACUGCCUCGGGCAUCCCCGACUUCAGGGGCCCCCAUGGCGUCUGGACGAUGGAGAAGCAGGGCCUGGCCCCCAAGUUCGAUACCACCUUUGAGAGCGCACGGCCCACGCAGACCCACAUGGCAUUGGUACAGCUGGAGCGUGUGGGCCUUCUCCACUUCCUGGUCAGCCAGAAUGUGGACGGGCUGCACGUGCGCUCCGGCUUCCCCAGGGACAAGUUGGCGGAGCUUCACGGGAACAUGUUUGUAGAAGAAUGUGUCAAGUGUAAGACGCAGUAUGUCCGGGACACCGUCGUGGGCAGCAUGGGCCUCAAGGCCACGGGUCGGCUGUGCACUGUGGCCAAGGCAAGGGGGCUAAGGGCCUGCAGGGGGGAGCUGAGAGACACCAUCCUGGACUGGGAGGAUGCCCUGCCUGACCGGGACCUCACCCUCGCCGACGAAGCCAGCAGGAACGCGGACCUGUCCAUCACGCUGGGUACAUCCCUGCAAAUCCGGCCCAGUGGUAACCUGCCCCUUGCCACCAAGCGCCGAGGGGGCCAGCUGGUCAUCGUCAACCUUCAGCCCACCAAGCACGACCGCCACGCUAACCUGUGCAUCCACGGCUAUGUAGAUGAGGUCAUGACCCGGCUCAUGAAGCACCUGGGCCUGGAGAUCCCUGCCUGGGACGGCCCCCGCGUGCUGGAGAGGGCGCUGCCACCCCUUCCCCGUCCACCUGCCCCCAAGCUGGAGGCCAAGGAGGAGCCUCCCAACCAUCACAACGGCUCCAGGCCUGCCAGCCCCAAAAGGGAGCUGCUAGACAGUCCUGCCCCCUGCAGGACCCCCAAAAGGGUAAAGGUGGAGGUGAUUCCCAGCUGACCAGGGAACUGGGGAGGGUGGGGCUUUCUGUAGAAUCCGUGGAUUCGUUUUGUUUCUUACCGGUCUUACUUUGUUACUUGUCUUUGUCCUGGGAGGGAGUCCUAGGGCUCUGAGAGCUGUGCUCUAGGUCCUAGGGCACACUCGCCCUCCGUUGGGGCUCCCUUUGGCUCUAGGGGCCUCUGGUGAUGGCCUGGGGAGGAGUAUCCCCACCUUGGACUUCGACCUUAUUGCUGACACUGCAGGCACCUGCUCUUCCCCCUGGCUCCAGCCCCAGACUCAGGAGGUUCUGGGGAGGUGUGGCCAGACCCUCCCUAAAUUUCUGGCCUAAACAGGAAUUAACUUCCUCUGCCCCUCGGCCUUCACACCUCCCAAACCCUGCAUCCCUCAAACCGCCUUCACAGUCCCUCCAGGAUUGGAGAGAAGCAGAGCCGCCAUUUAGGAGUCAAACUUCAUGGUGGGACAAAAAAGAGGCUUGCACUGCCUUUGGGGCUGGAGGGAGAAAGGAGGGUCCACGGCGCUCCCUCCAGGCUUCCAGAAAAGCCUUCAAUGCAAUAAAAGCAGAACUUCUCGCA